AUGAAUUUAAAAUUAUUCAUAACAAAUCCUAUCUUAAUAUUGUUAUAUUUUUUUAUUAUUCAAUUAUUUUAUAAUGUUUUUGUUGAAACAUUAAAAGAAAAUAUAGAUAAAAAUAAUAAAACAAUUAAUAUUAAUGAUAGUAUAUAUAUUCAAAAAAAUGUCAAACCAUUAAAAAAUUGCAAUUUUUCAUUUUCUGCUAAUUAUAUUGACUAUUUAAUAUCAUCAUAUAUUUAUCCACUUUUAAUUUUAUUUGGUUUACUUGGAAAUUGUUUAAAUUUACUUGUAUUAUUAAGUAAAGGAAUGAGAAAUCAAGCAAAUUUACUUUUAUCAGCUAUGGCAUUUUCUGAUUUAUCUGUAAUUGUUCUUCAUAUACCUGAAUGGUUAUCAACAUAUGCACCAAUAAGAUCAAAUUUAAUUUUUAGAGUAUUUUAUUUUAAAACAUACGUAUAUCGUCUUUGGUUUAAAAAUGCAUUUUCAAUGGCAAGUUGUUGGUUUGUUUUAGGCGUAUCAAUGGAAAGAUUUAUUGGAAUACGAAGUCCUAUGCAUACAAGACAAACAUUUAGAGCAAAAAAAACAAUUGUUGGUAUUAUUAUAAUGGUAAUAAUUUGUCUUUUAUUAUGUUAUCAUUGGAUAUUAUUAUAUGAAUAUGAAUCACAUAAUGGUCCACCAGAAUGUAAUAAUAGUUAUACAUAUUAUCAAAUUGUUGAAACAAAAAAUAAUUCAAAAAUAUUAUCAACAUUUAUAAAAUUUGCUAAACAUGCUUCAAUUUUUUAUCAAGUAAUUAUUCCUGUUGUUACAGUUAAUAUUUUAAAUAUUUUAUUAAUUUUAAUUGUUAAAAAACGUCCAAUUUUAUCUAGAACAUCAAGUUCUUCCAAUACAACAGAAUUAAGAAGAAUAAGUGAUUUUGGAACAUUUUUAAGACAAGAAAAAAAAGUUACAACAACUGUUAUAUCAAUAUUAAUAUGUUUUACAUUAACUCAGACACCAUCAAUAAUUCCAACAAUAAUAUCAUUUUUUGGUAUAAGAAGCAAAAAAUUAUCUGUUAUGACAUCAAUAUUAAAUCUUCUUGUUAUUUUUGGAAAAGUUUUAAAUUUUGUUUUAUUUUGUACGGCAUCUGUUCAUUUUCGUCGACGAACAAUAACUAUGUUAGAAGGAUUAUUAUGUCGCAAUUAUUCAAAAAAAUUUAGCAAUAUUAACAAUUCAUAUAACUAUAGAAUUGUUGAAACACAAUCACGUAAUGUUAAUAUAGCUGGUCGUAAUAUAUCAACUUCUACUUCCGUUACACGUGCUGGGAUUGGUCAUAAGACAUCUCUUUCUAAUAAUAAAAAUAAAGCAAAUUUUUAUUUUUGA